GCAAAGACGCGCUAAAGGCCCCUCAUCAUCCUCUCCCGUGUCCGGGAACACCUCCACGGUGAUCAUUUACGCGUUUAUUUGUCUUUUGGAGCCAGAAGUGCUGGAUUCAGCAGUGUCCCGAAGCCUUUUUUGAUGCUGUUGUUUUAGGAUGCCACCAAGCUAAGAGCAUCAUCACCACCACCUCCAUCAUCAUCAUCAUCAACAACAAUAACAACAGAAAGCUGCAAGAAAUGUUUAACUGAAUUAAAACGAGUCUAAUAUCCCUGCUAUUUGCGCGACUUGUUUCGCUUCUUCCACGGGAGGAUCUCCAUCUAUCCAAACAAGCUGCUUGGAGAGGCUUGAGAAUCUUUACUCACUGAAUCGUUCAUGUGGUGCCAACACAGGACGGACUGAAGAAGGAGUCGGGACAGCUUUUUCUUUUCUUCUUCUCUUUUCGACAAAUCCCAAACAAACUCUGACGGCUAUCCGAAGGGGCUCUUGGAGAGACGACGCGCCCUCGCUCACACUCUCAUUUCAACUCUUUGGCUGGAAGUGUGUUGCACGCGAACUGUUUUAAUGUUUGGGAUUCAGGAAAAUAUACCAAGAGGGGGGACCACUAUGAAAGAGGAACCGCUGGGCAGUGGCAUGAAUUCGGUCCGAUCGUGGAUGCACACGGCUGGGGUGGUGGAUGCGAACACGGCCGCCCAGAGUGGAGUUGGUCUGGCACGGGCGCACUAUGAGAAACAACCGCCAUCCAACCUCAGAAAAUCCAAUUUUUUCCACUUCGUGCUGGCGCUUUAUGACAGACAGGGACAGCCAGUGGAGAUCGAAAGGACAGCUUUUGUGGACUUUGUGGAAAAGGAGAAAGAACCUAACAGUGAAAAAACUAACAAUGGGAUACAUUACAAACUACAACUAUUGUACAGCAACGGCGUCAGAACAGAACAGGAUCUUUAUGUUCGGUUAAUCGAUUCCAUGACAAAACAGGCUAUUAUUUAUGAAGGGCAAGAUAAAAACCCAGAAAUGUGCCGAGUUCUUCUCACACACGAAAUUAUGUGCAGUCGGUGUUGUGACAAAAAAAGCUGCGGAAACAGGAACGAAACGCCCUCAGACCCUGUGAUCAUCGACAGAUUCUUUUUGAAAUUCUUCCUCAAGUGUAAUCAGAACUGCCUGAAGAAUGCAGGAAACCCACGGGACAUGCGCAGAUUCCAGGUCGUUGUAUCGACAACAGUUAAUGUGGAUGGUCAUGUGUUGGCCGUGUCGGACAACAUGUUCGUCCACAACAACUCAAAACACGGCAGAAGAGCCCGCCGCCUUGACCCCUCAGAAGGUACGGCCACUCCUUAUCUGGACAAUGCAGCUACCCCGUGCAUAAAGGCCAUUAGCCCCAGUGAAGGAUGGACCACUGGAGGAGCCACGGUCAUUAUCAUUGGUGAUAACUUCUUUGAUGGACUACAGGUCGUGUUUGGCACCAUGCUAGUAUGGAGUGAGCUCAUUACGCCCCAUGCCAUCCGAGUGCAGACCCCUCCAAGACACAUCCCGGGCGUUGUAGAGGUCACCUUGUCCUACAAGUCCAAGCAGUUCUGCAAAGGUGCACCGGGACGAUUUGUGUAUACAGCUUUGAACGAACCAACUAUUGACUACGGCUUCCAGAGACUGCAGAAGGUCAUUCCCAGACAUCCAGGUGAUCCGGAGAGGUUGCCCAAGGAGGUGUUGCUAAAGAGAGCCGCUGACCUUGUGGAAGCGCUGUACGGGAUGCCACACAACAACCAGGAGAUCAUCCUGAAGAGGGCCGCAGAUAUUGCAGAGGCUCUGUACAGUGUCCCACGUAACCACAACCAGAUCCCAUCCCUUGCCAACACAGCCUCCCAUGGUGGAAUGAUGGGAGUCAACUCUUUCGGCGGUCAGCUCGCUGUCAAUGUCUCAGAAACCUCACAAGGUCAGGACAGGGAAAAAUCACACUGGAAUACAUGCUGGGACGCUGAAUAUCCUCCUUACAUACAUGGAGUUGGCUACAGUCGCAACACGAGCAGUGUGUCACCUCGCGGUUACGUGCCCAGCAGCACCCCUCAGCAGUCCAACUACAACACCGUCAGCAACAGCAUGAACGGUUAUGGCAAUGCAGGAAUGCCCAACCUGGGUGUGCCCAGCUCACCGGGCUUCUUGAACGGCUCCUCGGCAAACUCUCCCUACGGCAGUAAGUAUCAAGUAGUUCCGUCGAGCCCUACCAUGGCAGCCUCUUCGGUCAGCCUCUCUUCAAACUGUAGCAGUACACACGGCAUUUUCUCAUUCUCACCUGCCAAUGUCAUCUCUGCAGUGAAACAAAAAAGCGCCUUUGCUCCAGUUGUCAGGCCCCAAGCAUCUCCACCUCCUUCUUGCACCAGUGCAAAUGGCAAUGGACUUCAAGCUAUGUCCGGACUGGUGGUCCCACCCAUGUAAAUUGCACUCCCUUCCCUUGUAAAGCAGCCGUCUCCGUACUGGGACGAAGCAUAGUAUGUUAUGCGGAGGAUCCUCCUCGAAGUCGUCAUUUAUCAUGAAGUUAAUCAGCAGCUAAUUCUGUUAUUCAGAGGAAAAAGACACUUUGUUUCAAAGAGUUUAUUCGAAAUUGACAUGCAAGCGACUUCACAGUUUAUUGACUGAAUCUCUUAUCAUAUUUUCACGAUCUCGAAGGGGAAAAAAGAACAAAACGUACCUAUUUUGUAUAAACAUUUCUGGUUUAAUCUUGGCUAUGUCUAGUUCUUGCAAUGUGUGGGAAGAAACAUUGUGGAUAUGCCAUUUGAUGAAAACACUGAUAAAAAAAAAUCUGUAAGAAUGUCUCUUUCACCGAUGUGCUGCCGCUGCACAUCUUCAUAAUGUGAAUUCAUUUUCCUUUUUUAUUAUUAUUUUUUGUUUCUCAUUUUGCUUUUUUUAUUUUGAUUGUGGUAAUAAAAAGGGGGCCAAUAUAUACAGAGCCAAUAAACUGGAAAUAAUAUAAGAUAUAUGAUUUAUAAAUCAUAAAAGAAAGGCAAGGAAGAAGAAACGGUGGGAGCAACCGGGAAUGGUGAUCUUAUCGUUCAGUUCGUUCAGCGGAAAUGAACUUUGUAACUUAUUGUAGGUAGAAGUUGUAACUUUGGUAUUGCAAAAAUACUUCUCUUGCCUUCAACAAGCACACUAACAGAGAUGAAGCGCUACUGUCUGUUGGUAAAAAAAAUAAAAAAAAAAUAAAAAAAACAAAAAGAGGAAAAUAUUUCCACUGCUAAAGCUUCCUGUAAAGCGAGUGUGAUCUGCAAUGUUUUUCAACUUUUUGCUAGCACUGUAUACUAUUGCAUUCUUAGGCUACUGUGAAGUCUGUUUCUUGUACCAGAAAGUUGUCCUUAUACCUCUAGCUCCUUACUCCCUAAUGUGUUUUGUAUGUGGUUAUACAAUUGUAGACUUUUGUGAUUUUGCCAAAGUUGUAGCUAAAUAUUUAUACACUUGUCUUGAAUUUUCCAGAAUCACUUAAAUAUUUAGUAAAGAGUUUUAUUCCUACAGUUAGGAGUAAAAUUAUCUUAUACAUUGCAACACUUUCACACAAACACUUGCGGUCACUAAGGGAUUUUUUUUGUAACAUAUCGAUUAUAAAUAUUGUAUUUAUCUUUGAAAUUUUGUAUAUUGCUUUCCAUCAUUUUCUUUGAUCGAACUUGUAUUGUUUUUCAUUGUUGAAAUUACGAUGAAGGUUUAGCCAAGAAUCAUCACCUACAUUCAAUGUUUUCUACCGAUAUAUUGUAUCGUCCGUGCAUUUCAUAUGUAACUCAGACUUUUUUUUAUGCCAACAGACCUUCCGUCCAUUUUCAUUUGUUUGUUUGUUUAUUUGUUAAUUAGAGGAGCAGUCAAAUCCAUUGUUUAUUUUUAUAUUAAUUUUUAAGUUAUCAAAAAAGUUCUUUUUUGAAAGAAAACUGUUUGUUGUAUAGUCAAAUAAAUUGUUUGUGUCACCUGGCUGUAAUAAUAUUAGUAGAUAAAGUGCAUGUCAAGCCGCCCCAGGGGGAAAAAUCCAAUUGUGGUUGUAAAUUUUGUUUUUGUAGAAUGUAAAAAGUCAUUUUUACCUGCCACCAUGACUUUGCCACAUAACUGAACCAUGUUUACAGGGAUCAAGAGAGAAAAAAAAAAGGACAGAAAAAAUAUCUGCUUUGGAAAUAUACAUCAGUUACUAAUGUUUAUUAAAAUAUGUCAGAAAAAAGCUCUGUCAAAGGCUUUCCAGUGAAUCUUCUGAGAGAAACCUUUCUGCUGUUUUAAUGACAAACGUACACCACAGUGAAUCUCAUUAUUCCAUUCAGAUCAAUGGUGUAAAAAGCACAAACAUUUUUUACUAAAAUAAAAAAAAUAAUUAUUGUGACCCUCAUCUUUUUGGACUAUUUUGUCUUUUUUAACAUUAAUUUUUCCCUAUUCCCUCAAGUAAAACAGCAUUCAAAGGGAAUGAAAACAAAAGAAAAUUACGUUUUGUAUCAUAUAUGGACAACAAAGAUGAAGAUGUUCUAUAUUGUAAAUGUCAUUUUGUAAGUAACUCAUGACACCGUAGCAUAACUGAAUCAUAUCACCUUACACUUUUCUCUCUCAAUGAUAUUGAUUUUCCAAGUCGUGCCAAAAUCCGCUAAUGAGACAAUGAUUUUUUUUUUUUUUUGGUUUCCUAUCCUUUUCCUAUCUGAGGCUUUCAUUUUGACCUCUUUUUCUUUGCACUUCGGGCUUUGUAAAUGUUGUAAUGUUCAGCAGUGUGCUUCUCUUUCUGUUUCAAUCCAAAAGCGGAUGUUUCCUCUUGGCAAUCGGCACACAAGUUUCCUUUAGCUGCAGGAAGCAAAGGCAGCUGUAGAAGCAAAGAAAUGAUGAAUGUACAAUGUAUUUGCUUUGUGAUGGCUCGACAAAGCUUGGCCAAGUGGAGGAGCCGGUGAGGUCAACCUGAAAGUAAGAAAAACUCAAGGUCACGUGAAGUGCAUUUGUGGAUUUCAUCAUUUCUGCAAUCUGGUUUUGUCUUUUAGUCUAAUUAAGUACCCAUACUUGGAAGAUUUCAAGAAACACGAGCUCUGUAAGAACAAAUGCCAUUUUUCUCUGGCUCAUGUAUGGUUUUAUUUGAGUUGAUUUAUGGCCAUAUUUCUACAUUUUAUUGUACAAAGUUGUUCAUUUUACAUAAUAUUUAAUUAAAGUAUUUCUUGUCUGUGA